CACUCAGAGAGCUGGACCUCUAUCACACCCAGACACGCUCAGAGAGCUGGGCCUCUAUCACACCCAGACAGGCUCCACCUCCAGACCCCGCCCUGCCGGAGGCCCGGCCUCCACCUGCAGGACGAGCACUGCAGCGGCCCCCGGCUGCUCCUCCCCCACAGCUCCGCCCCCCACAGCUCCGCCCCCCACAGCUCCGCCCCCCACAGCUCCGCCCCCCACAGCUCCUCCCCCACAGCUCCGCCCCCCACAGCUCCGCCCCCCACAGCUCCUCCCCCACAGCUCCGCCCCCCACAGCUCCCCCCCCACAGCUCCGCCCCCCACAGCUCCGCCCCCCACAGCUCCGCCCCCCCCAGCUCCGCCCCCCCGGCUGUAUGUCAGCCACAGACAUGA